CACACAGUGUGCAAAACACCUGUUUCAUUUCUUUUGAGUGUCGUUUGCGUAGUAUGUGACAUGUGACAGUAAUAUUCACUUGUUUCCUGUAACUAGUCAAUGUUUUAGACCUUCAGUUAUCAUAUCUUGGAACGAUGUUCCAUACUAGUAGAAUUUGCAUGUUUUCACUUCAACUUGAUACAAUCUCUUCAAACACGCUAUUGGAUUUAGUUUAUGAGUUAAAGUUUUACUCGAAAUUCAGUAUUUUUUUAAACAUCUCCUAUAGGCUAGCAGAGUUAACCGAUGUUUUGAAGACAAAUAUUCUUCAAUUUUGAUUUUAAUGACUUUAUUCUAAAAGAAUCUUAUUCAUUUUCAUAGAUUUAUAUCUCGAUGUGCCUCAUGAAAACAUUUUCUAUGAAUAGCGUUAAUCGGUUAAAAAUUCUGAUAUUAAAAAAUUCCAUUAAAGGCUCAUUUGUAAUACGAAUGAUUGGAAACGAUUAUCAUUACAACAGGACGUAAAAAACGAACUUUCAUCACUGAUGGUUAGUUAAAGAUUUGACACUCCUCGACAGAAGAAAAAUCAGCUUUUGGAAUAGGGAGCCUAUAACAAUGUUGUGAUACUCUCUUAGUUUCUAUCGAUUUUUAAACAUAUAUAGAAGAAGACGAAGUAUAACAAACACAGAUUAGCAUACCACAUAAAUCCAUCUGUGUAACGUAAGUGCCAAUUAAACUAUCAGAUCCUUUUUUGUAAAUUAAUAAUGUAUUUGUUGUAUUGUUUGCAAACAAUGCAUGUCAUUCUAUUAUACCCUGAACUAGUGAAAAAAGUUUGUAAGUUACAAAUAUAUUAUUCAAAGUCAAUUCCUCAAUAAAAUGUAUCUUUCUAGUUGAUUUUCAAAAAGGUCGAUUCGAGUGAUUGUCUUGAUCAUUGAAUUUGUUGUUGUUUUUAAACCAUCAUGCACCAAGACAUGCGGAAAGAAUAGUGGUUCCAAGUUACAAAACGCACUUGAAACCAAAGUAACACCGACUACCGUAGUUCUCACUGAUAUUCCAUUAGUUACUUCGACCGGAGAAGUCUGGGGAAUCAUCGUUUCUAUUCCAGUUGUUGGAGUUUUAUAUGUAUCAGCUAUAAGGGUUGUUACCAGUGCACCAGUGAUUCCAACAGUUGAUACCAGCCAAGCACCGGCAUCCUCAGCGGCUCCUGUAACAACACCGAUCAUAUUGCUACCUCCCACUACAACUGGUAAACAGACAAGGGAAAGAGAUAGAAUCAAAGUGAAUUAA